AUGUCGUACACCAUCGAGGGAAUCCUGGGCCUGAAGACCGAGAAGAAGCAAGAGUCGUCCUCGGAGGAGAAGGCAGGGGACGCCGAGGCCGGGAGUGACUCGGAUCGGCAGACCAUGUCUCCCAACGAACAAAAAGAUGUUGUCAACACUGCGCCUGCGCAGAUCUACCCUACGUCAGCUGUGCCGCCGCGGCGAAAACCCCGGCGCAUGCGCGUGCGCACCAACUUCACGAGCUGGCAGCUGGAGGCCCUGGAGCGAGCAUUCGAAACGACCCACUACCCGGACAUCUUCAUGAGAGAGGCGCUGGCUCUUAGACUGGACCUCAUGGAGUCACGGGUACAGGUUUGGUUCCAGAACCGGCGCGCCAAGUGGAGGAAACAGGAGCGCGCUAAGGAGCAGGAGAGAAGCAAGCUGCGGGACAACGGCGCCAGCCCGAUCCAGCUCAGCACCACCAGCAUCCCCACCUCGGUCGUCAGUACGGACAACGCCUGCCCCCGGCGUGCCGUGUCCGCCCCCUUCAUCACCGUCCUCCCGCCCGUCCUCCCGCCCAUCGUCCGCAGCCCGCCCAUGUGUCUCACCGGGAGCGACGGAGGAAGCGGGCGGCAGACGUCACUGGAGGAGCGGAGGUCCUCCUCCAUCGCGACGCUGAGGCUGAAGGCGAAGGAGCACAUGGAGAGCCUGAAGAUGGCCGGGGUGUCACCCGUGUACGCCGCCGGGGAGAGAGACGACUAGAACACAGAACAGACGAGAAGAAUACAGGUUCUAGCUCUAGAACACGGGUUCUAGAGACGAAUAGAACACGGGUUCUACAGACGAGAAGAGUACAGUUGCUAGCUCUAGAACACGGGUUCUAGAGACGAAUAGAACACGGGUUCUA